UUUAUUAGGUCUGAGAAUUCUGAACUGUCUCACUCUUUACCCUUGACCACAUAUUCUUGAAUUAUAACUUCCAGAAAUGGAAAUCUCUAAAACGGAUCUCAGUCUCACCACAUAUUAAGCUACAGGGAAUCAAUAUAUAGAAAGAGAUCAAGCGGAACCAAAGACCAAAAACAACUAGAAGGAGAGGAGGAAGAAUGCAAUCCUUGCACUUGGCCCUCCCUCUCCCUUUUUACAACACUCUAACUCCUCAAAAACACAAACACUUCCUUUCUCCCGAUGCCAGAACUAAUACACGCCCAAUUCACCGCCUUCUCGGGGCCAAAACAGACAUAGCUGUCAAACAGGAGGAAACUAUUGCUGUAAGCACCGGAGACUCGCCCAAGACUGAACCUUUGCCGGAGGGGCUCCGGGGAGAGUUGAUGCCACGGCAUGUCGCCGUGAUCAUGGACGGCAAUGGGAGGUGGGCCCAGCUGCGAGGUCAGAUGGCAUCGAUGGGUCAUCAGGCUGGUGCACGGUCUUUGCUGGAGAUCGUGCAGCUUUCUUGUCAAUGGGGGAUUAAAGUUCUUAGCGUUUUUGCGUUUUCUUGCGAUAAUUGGACUAGGCCCAAGGUGGAGAUUGAUUUCUUAAUGAGUUUGUUCGAAAGCGUGUUAAAGUCCGAGACGGAUAAAUUUGUGAGGGAAGGUAUUCGAAUCUCUGUGAUCGGGGACUCAUCAAGGCUUCCACAGUCUUUGCAGAGAUUAAUAAAUGAAGCGGAGGAGACCACCAGAAAUUUCUCGAAACUGCACCUUCUAGUGGCGGUUAGCUACAGUGGAAAGUAUGAUGUUGUAAAUGCAUGCAAAAGUAUUGCUUGUCAGGUAAAGGAUGGAGUUAUUGAACCAGAAGACAUUAGCGAAAGCCUAAUUGAGCAGGAGUUGGAAACGAAUUGCUCCGAGUUUCCCUCCCCUGAUUUAUUAAUCCGAACUAGUGGUGAACUUAGAAUUAGCAACUUCUUGCUAUGGCAGUUGGCCUACACUGAACUUUUCUUUGCGGAAGAACUCUGGCCUGAUUUUGGAAAAACUGGAUUCAUAGAGGCCUUAACUUCAUACCAACAAAGGCAAAGACGCUAUGGUAGGCGACUUACAUAAUCAUAUGCCGUUGACAUGGCUACUCGUUAAUUAAUACCAUUUUAUACCAUUUAUACAAAUAGCUUUUACCAAUAUUAGGUCAAGCUUUCUUCAUGACUAAUUGUACUCCUAAGCAGUUGGAUAAUACACACCUAAUCAAAAUCAAGGUGCCUUAUAUAGAUAUGUAAAUGGAAAACAUUUUAUUAUUGUAGUUAAUAAAAGAAAAAGAAAGCUUGUUUAUUA